AUGUUCUCUCGCUCCAUUCUUCGGAGUUUUACCUCCGAAUUGCGAUUCACAGCACGCUCUUCGAUUUCGGCAGCUCCACUUCCUCAACGAGCUUGCCUGCACCAAACCUCCUGGCUCCGAACAACGCAACAACAAUCUCAGUCUCAAUCUCAGUCUCCAAACCCCGAAUCCCCUCUCGGAGCCACUCCCCGUGCACAAGAUACCCAGCCGGAGAUCCAGCAGGGCUCCAAGGCGCCUUCCACCCCGACAUCCACAUCCAAUACCAUCAUUCCUCAAACGCGCGCCGACGUCCCAAUUGAAAAGCAGCCCGUCGCACCGAACUUUGACACUCCUCUCGAAAUCACCAAGUCUCUCAUGUCGAGCCUUCCCCACCUCGCCGGUCAGACACCGCACUACGUCGUUGCGGAGUUGCAUGCGCGCCCCUACCUUCUGACGGCCGGUGACCACAUUCGUCUGCCGUUCCUGAUGCCUAAGGUCAAGCCCGGUGAUAUCCUCCGAUUCAACCGCGCAUCUGCUGUCGGAUCUCGCGACUUCACUCUCAAGGGCUCCCCAUACGUUGACGAACGUCUGUUCGAAUGCCGUGUCCGCGUGACUGGCACCGAGUCCGAGCCUCUGCGCAUCAAGGAGAAGACCAAGCGGAGACAGCGACACACCAAGACUGCCAAGAGCAAGCACCGAUACACCAUCAUGCGCGUGAUGGAUGUGCGCGUGAAGACACCGGAGGAGCUGCUGCAGGAGGGUGCCGUGGUGGUCGAGGAUACGGAGAACACAACCAAAGUCGAGGCUCGGUCAUGA